AAACAUGGCGGUGGCGGCGGCCGAGGCCGAGGCGGUGGCGUUGAGGGUGUCGCGGCAAGAGAGGGAGCUACGCUGGCUGGCGGCGGAGGUUGGGCGGCUGAAGGAGCCGCAGGAGCCGUGCUGCGCCGGCAGCGUCAGCCCCGAGUUGCAGAGGCUGCGGGCCGAGAACGAGAAGCUACGCUACCGUCUGCUGCACCUGCGCCGCAGCCUGGCGGCCGAGCUGGGCCGAGCGGCGCCGCCCGAGCCCCCGGGCGGCGCGAAGAAAGUCUGCAGUGCAAGUCCAACUGAUACAGUGAAUCAAAAUAAAGAGGAAAAGAAAAAAGAAAAUAAAGCUGUGAACCAAUAUCAGAAUGAUCUACGGUGUGCGCCAAGCUUCAUAGAAGACAGACUGAAGCUUUAUGAAGCACUGAAAAAAGAACAUGAUGCUUUGCUAGCUUACAGAGCAGCCAACCAGAGCAAAUCUGUCAAAAUUACUCUGAGAGAUGGAAUGAUGGCUGAAGGGGAGUCUUGGAAAACCACACCGUAUCAAUUAGCUAUAGGAAUUAGUCAAGCAUUGGCUUCGAGUGCAGUCAUAGCCAAAGUGAAUGGUGAACUGUGGGACCUGGAUCGUCCACUGGAGGGAGAUUGUACUCUAGAGCUGCUGACCUUUGAUGAUGAAGAAGCAAAAGCUGUUUAUUGGCAUUCAAGUGCUCACGUCCUUGGAGAGGCCAUGGAAGGAUAUUUUGGGGGCUGCUUGUGCUAUGGACCACCAAUUGAGAAUGGAUUUUAUUAUGACAUGUAUAUUGAAGAUAGAGGUGUGUCUAGUACUGAAUUCCCAGUACUAGAGAACUGCUGUAAAAAUAUCAUAAAAGAGAAACAGGCUUUUGAAAGGCUGGAAGUCAAAAAGGAGACCCUGUUAGAGAUGUUUAAGUAUAACAAGUUUAAGUGUCGUAUCCUUAAUGAGAAGGUGAAGACACUGACUACCACAAUAUACAGAUGUGGUCCACUGAUUGAUCUCUGCAGGGGUCCACAUGUCAGACACACUGGAAAAAUUAAGACCCUUAAAAUAGUUAAGAGUUCCUCUACAUAUUGGGAAGGAAAAUCUGAUAUGGAAACUCUGCAGAGAAUAUAUGGAAUAUCCUUUCCUGAAAACAAAAUGAUGAAGGAAUGGGAAAAAAUACAGGAAGAAGCCAAAAACCGGGAUCAUAGAAAAAUUGGAAAGGAGCAAGAACUCUUCUUCUUUCAUGAUAUGAGUCCUGGAAGCUGCUUUUUCCUCCCCAGAGGUGCCUUUAUCUAUAACACACUCAUGGAUUUCAUACGGGGAGAAUAUCACAGGCAUAAUUUUACUGAAGUUGUGUCUCCAAAUAUCUUCAACAGUAAACUCUGGGAAGCUUCAGGACACUGGCAGCACUACAGUGAAAAUAUGUUCUCUUUUGAGGUUGAGAAGGAAACUUUUGCCCUUAAACCCAUGAAUUGUCCUGGACAUUGCUUGAUGUUUAGCCAUCGUCCCCGAUCCUGGAGGGAAUUGCCUCUUAGACUUGCAGAUUUUGGAGUUCUGCACCGAAAUGAGCUCUCUGGGACUUUAAGUGGCUUGACUCGUGUAAGGCGCUUCCAACAGGAUGAUGCUCACAUCUUUUGCACAAUAGAACGGAUCGAAGAAGAAAUUGAGGGCUGUCUUGAUUUCUUGAAGUCAGUAUAUGCUGUCUUUGGUUUUACUUUUCAACUGCAUCUUUCUACAAGACCCGAAAAUUAUCUUGGAGAGUUAGAGAUCUGGGAUCAUGCAGAAAAGCAACUUCAAAACAGCUUGAAUAAAUUUGGGGAGCAAUGGCUUUUGAAUCCAGGAGAUGGAGCAUUUUAUGGUCCUAAGAUUGAUAUUAAAAUUAAAGAUGCAAUUGGGAGGUACCAUCAAUGUGCUACCAUCCAACUUGACUUCCAGUUGCCCAUUCGAUUUAAUCUUACUUAUGUUGGUAAGGAUGGCGAUGAUAAGAAAAGGCCAGUGAUUAUUCACAGGGCUAUUUUGGGAUCUGUGGAGAGGAUGAUAGCUAUUCUAGCAGAAAAUUAUGGAGGAAAAUGGCCACUCUGGUUGUCCCCACGGCAGGUCAUGGUGGUGCCCGUGGGACCGACAUCAGAAGAGUAUGCCCAGCAGGUUUGCAACCAAUUUUUUGAAGCUGGAUUUAUGUCAGAUGUGGAUCUAGAUCAAAGUUGCACAUUAAACAAGAAAAUUAGAAAUGCACAGCUGGCUCAGUAUAACUUCAUUUUAGUGGUUGGAGAAAAGGAGAAAGCAAAUAAUGCUGUCAACGUGCGAACAAGAGACAACAAAGUUCAUGGAGAGAUUUCAUUAUCUUCUGCUAUUGAAAAACUAAAAAAACUUAAGAGUUCACAUAUUCCAAAUGCAGAAGAAGAAUUCUGACAUUGCUGUUGGGGAAAAGAAAAUAUUAGCUGUUUCUUGUGCACAGCAGUGAUGCUCAUCUGAGAGAAUUUUCUGUUAAUGGAUACACAAAAUAAGCCAAUAUAGCACUGUUGCUGCUCCAGGAAAAGCAUGAGAGGACAGAUGCAUCUGCCAACUCCUUUAGCAAUUGCAUGGGUUUCCAAUCUGCUUGAGUUGGAGAAUGCUUGCUCACAAAGUCCUACACCUCUGAUAAGAUAUGUUGAGCUUGCUGUGGAAGUAAAUCAGAGCUGCAUGACCCCAGGGAACAGGAAGCUGAGAAGGGCAGUGGCUGCUGUGGGAAUGCUGAACUCCCUCUGUCAUGGGGCAGGUGCAUACCUGUGUUACAGAAUCCAGAGCUUGGAAGUCGGUUGGUGCCUGAAGAGCAGUUUUUAGUUUUUUUCUAGCUCCAGAUUGUAACAAAAAACUUCGUGGAGGGAAUAGCUUGGUUGUUUCAGAAUCUGUUCUCAGACUACAAAUACUUUGGUGUCUUUGGAAGUCUCAGUAAAACAAGGUAUUGAUGGACGUGGUGUGAUAAUCGGUCGGUGUAAAAGUGGUUGCCAAGAAUGCAGUUGAAUUACUCCCCAUAUCUGUGUGUCAAGUGUUUGUUUUUUCCUGUAUUUGCUGUUGAUUUGGCUUUUGUCUAAAACAAAAAAACUUUGAAAAACC